GGUACAUUUAUUCAAAAUAUGGCACCCAUUCGUCCUCACAAUAAGACAAGAAGCGGCUGCAAAACGUGCAAGGAUCGAAAGGUCAAGUGUGACGAAUGUCUUCCCAUAUGCCAGAACUGCACCAGACGUGGGAUAGAAUGUGUAUGGAGUAGUACUGGUCCAUCGGCAGCGCUUGUGCUGCGUGAACCGUCAAGUUCGAAUGGACGCUCGACAUGGGCCGGCCCGAGUUCAUCCGACCCCUUAAUUCUUGAAUUGAUGCACCACUACUCUACAUCUGCUUCCUACUCACUCUCUUCUGAUCCCGAGGCGUCUCGAAUAUGGAGUAGCGUCAUUCCCAAAAUGGCCUUUGACCCACAGAACCAGUAUCUCCUCCACGCCAUUCUCGCGUUUUCCGCUCUUCACAUGCACCAUACCGAUUCGACGUCCCUUCCUCGGUAUGCUGCAGCCGCCCACACUUUUUAUCAACAAGCGAAAAUCGGCAUACACUCUGAAGAAGAGGGGACUGCAGACAUAAACGCCGCCCUCAUGGCACUAUGUCUCGUCGGGCGUUAUGAAUUCGCCUCAUUGGCCAAAUUAUGCCCGCUGUCCUCCAGCGACUCGGAUUGGUACAUCACCCAUUGUGCCAUCCGCCGCAACAUUGCAAAGAACCGGACGGAGUCCCAGGAUGGUGAUUUCCGUUUGCUGCUGCGUGCUAUGGCACCGCCAUAUGUACCGACGAAUUUCAACGAAGACUUCCCAUUAUCCUUGUCGACACUCCUGAGCACAGGUCCGGACGUUGAGGAGCUGCAUGACGCGUCGGUACGCGCCGCCUAUCAGGAUUCCAUACAUUUCCUGGAAAUAGCGUGGAGAGCUUCUUUUCAUAAAUGCAUUGGUGUAUGGUGGAGUAUGAUGUCGCAUACGUUCUUUCGUCUGUUGGAAGAGCAGAGGCCCCGUGCGCUCAUCAUUUUGGCACAUUACUGUGCCAUGAUGAAGCACGUCACUCGGGAUGGGCCGUGGUGGGUGAAGAAGCAAUGGGGCAAAGAAGCUGCGCGGAUCGUCUCUAUGCUUGAUGCGCGGUGGGCUCCGUGGUUAGGAUGGCUUGAGAGUCAGUUGGAUGGGGAGCGUGAGAUUCAGGUUUUUGAAUUUACGGGCUCGGGAUUUUUGACGUGGAUCGACGCGGGAGACGGUGGUCAUUCCUAGUUUGCGACAUGCUGCGUCGAAAGAUAGAAUUGAUGUAGAUACACAACCCAAAUGUAUACCGUUUUGUAACUGGAAAGGUCCGGUAA